AUGCAAGAACCGGUCUUGACUGUCUCGAUCACCACCCCGCAAUCGUGGGCUCAGCAAAAUGCCAUCAAACGGAGGCGGAUCCCGCGAUCACCACGGCGCAACGUCAUCUCUCUCAAGCACUUGAAUCCCAAGGUGAAGCAGGCCAAGGAAGAGUUCCUGUCAAAGGCCAUCGCAAGUCAAUUGCAGAUCAAGCGGUCUCCCAUCAAUGGACUCCAGCUUGAUCCCUUCCAAACUUUCCCCAUCCCAAGCACUGGUUGUGUGGGUAACAUGGCCCAGUAUUAUGUCCAGGUCUGGGCGCCUCAGCAUGGCACCGCCUUCGCCUUCGACGGUCAUUCUAACCCCUACGUGAGCCUGCUCUGGCCUUUUGCUUUGACUUCCGAUAUCUACUUUGAAGGACUUGUCGCUCUAUGUCGAGCCACACACCUCGCCACUUCGGGCCAGUCCGCUCGCGGCGACAGGCAUUUUGUAUGGCACCGAGGGAAUGUCAUGACCAAACUUCGCGCACGUCUCCAGAAUCCUCACCAGUGUUCGGACGACACUACCAUCCUGGUUGUGGCGACGCUGGGCACAAUCGAUUACAUUCUGGGCGAUCACUCCGGCGCCUAUGCUCACGUCUCGGGAAUGAGACAGAUGAUCAAGCUAAGGGGUGGACUCAAAGGCGAGUCCCCUUGGGAACGGCUGCUUAGGACCAAUAUCGAUGCCUACGAGGCACUGUGGUCCUUCCUGUUUGCGGCAGAUUCUACCCCCGACAAAUCGACUCGGUACUCGGGGUCAAUCUUACAAAAUGCAGAGUUCCCCGUCUACAUGGCCCAUCCCUUCAAACCCGAAGUCUGUGAGAUGUUGGCAAAGUUGCCUCAAGGCUUCUGUGACAUUGGGUUGACAGGCGUGAUUUCGCUCCAAACGAUCCGACUGCUGUCCGAUUUCGCGACUGUGAGGGCGAAAUUGUCGGAUCCCGUUCGAAGUGAAGGAUUUGAUGUGACCUCGAGAAGGAAGAUCCAGACGACCCUUGAAGAUCUCCAUCGUCUUGCCACGUUGCAAACUACGCCUACAGAGAGAUUUCUAUCCCACGGUCUGGUUGCAUAUUGCUACAUUCUGAGAGUCAUCCAUUUUCAAGAUCAUCUGACUGGAUUUUAUGAGACAGCUCUGAAAGCGCUAGCAGACAUCGCUCUGCACCAAACUCCUAGUCAUAAAUCUCCGGAACGCAAGUGUUACCUCUGGACCAACAUGAUGAUAGGAACAGUCAUACAGCACGGGCAGAUACGUCCUCGUGGCUGGACGACCGUCAUGGGGCAAUUCUUGGACAAGUAUGUUGAAGCUCGACUAUGGAAGAAGUUGGAAAAGGAGCUGAGUAUGUUCUUUUUCGAAGAUGCCAUUCGCCUCCUCGCUAAGGAGGCUUAUGACGAGGCAGUCAGGAGGAAGGAAAGGGGAGAAUCCGAAGAGAGGGAUUCACGCAUCGCCACAAUGGCUAUUCGGAAUGUCAUUCUCUAG